GGUUCCCUCACGACCGGCCCCGUCCCGCCCGGCCCCGUCCCGCCCGGCCUGCUGCGCCGCCACCAGCCUCCCAGCCAAGAGACUGAAAGUGCUGGCCUGCCUGAACAACCUGAGACAGCAGCACCUGGACGUUAUGAAGGUUUUUAACGAUCCAAUUCAUGGGCACAUUGAAAUACAUCCCCUUCUGGUUCGGAUCAUCGACACACCUCAGUUUCAGCGCCUCAGAUACAUUAAGCAGCUGGGUGGGACUUACUUUGUUUUUCCAGGAGCCUCUCACAACCGCUUUGAACACUCCAUAGGGGUGGGCUACCUAGCAGGGCUUCUGGUCCGUACACUGAAGGAGAGACAACCAGCACUGGAUAUAACCCAGCGAGAUAUCCUCUGUGUAGAAAUUGCUGGGCUUUGUCAUGAUUUGGGUCAUGGGCCAUUUUCUCACAUGUUUGAUGGAAGAUUUAUUCCACUUGCUCGUCCAGAUUUGAAAUGGAAGCAUGAAACUGCUUCUGUUGAGAUGUUUGAGCACCUGGUUACUUCCAAUAAACUAGAAGAAGUCAUGAAGUCAUAUGGUCUUGUCCUGGAAGAAGAUUUGAACUUUAUCAAGGAACAAAUAGGAGGGCCUAUAGAUGAAGCAGCUUGUGAGAAAUCGUGGCCCUACCGUGGUCGGCCAAAGGAGAAGAGUUUCCUCUAUGACAUAGUAGCCAACAAAAAAAAUGGCAUUGAUGUUGACAAAUUGGAUUAUUUUGCAAGGGAUUGCCAUCACCUAGGAAUCCCAAACAAUUUUGAUUAUAACCGAUACCUUAAAUUCACACGGGUAUGUGAAGUGAACAGCCAGAAGCACAUCUGUACCCGUGACAAGGAAGCUGGGAAUUUGUAUGAUAUGUUCCACGAACGGCAUUGGCUGCACCGGCGAGCGUACCAGCAUAAGACUGGCAACAUCAUUGAAAUAAUGAUUACGGAAGCCUUUCAAAAAGCAGACAAAUUUUUAAAAAUAGAAGGCUCUGGAGGAAAACAGUACCACAUUUCUACAGCAAUGGAGGACAUGGAAGCCUACACUAAGCUAACUGAUAAUAUCUACCUGGAAAUUCUGCACUCAAAUUGUCCAGAACUGAAGGAGGCACGAGAAAUUUUGCAUAAAAUAGAACGUCGGGAAUUAUACAAGUAUUUAGGAGAGACUCAACCUGAAACAGUGAGGGGAAUUGCAAAGAGUAAUAACCUGGGAGAAAGUAUUGCUAAUUCCAAGCCAGAAAAGGAUCCUCCAGAUGUGGAGCUAAAGGCUGAAGAUUUUGUAGUUGAUGUUAUCAAUAUAGAUUAUGGAAUGAAAGAACAGAAUCCCAUUGACAAUGUUCUCUUCUACUGCAAGGCUGAUCCUUCCAAAGCAGUCAACAUCAGCAGAGAACAGGUUUCAAAGUUUCUACCCAUCACAUUUUCAGAGCAGGUUAUCCGGGUUUAUUACAAAAGUCAGGAUCCGGUUGUUCUUUCAGCUGCAAAACAGUAUUUUAUUCAGUGGUGCAUGAAGAAUGAUUGCACCAAACCACAGGAUGGUGAUGUGGUUGCCCCUCAUCUGACUCCAAUGAAGAGAAGCUGGAAUAACAUGAGAGAUGAUGGACACAGAACAGGUUCAGAGCCCAGCUGCAAACAAAGGCUUCCUUUUGAUAAGUAACACUUCCUUUUGGCACUAUUCAGUCUGCUUCUUCAGAAGAUGAGUAAACCUGAGCAGCAACUCUUUAAAAGCCAAUUGCAUGGACUAUACAAAUUUAUAGAGCAAUGCAGAAAUGUAUUUUAUAGUAAGUUUUAAUGUAAGUACUUGAACAAAGUGCAAACUCAAAAUGGACUUUUAAAAAAUUAGCAACCUGAUACAUCCACUCUCAAUUCCCAUUGAUUUUUGAAUGUAUUUGCACUGUGUAGCAAGAGUAACUUCAAAAAUUGCAAUUCAUCAUUCUUACAAGAAGUGCUGAAGACACAUUAUUGUUCCUCCUAGUCCUGAUCCCUUCUGAAGAUGCUUGUGAUCCUUCAUGAACUACCAGAAAAACUUCCAGCUGAGGGGUUUUUGGGGGUUUAUUUGUUGUUUGGGGUUUGUUGCUUUGCUUUUUUUUUUCCCCAGUCCCUGAGGAAGAGAGAGUUAAGUAUCCCUCUGAAAGUACAGUGAGGUAAUAGACCUUUGAAAUAACUACAGAUGGCAUCUUCAACAACAGCAAAAUGAAUUUCAUUUGAAAACAAGAAAAGGAGGGAGAGGGGAACCUUUGUAAUAACCAGAGAUCACUUUUCUGGUGUUCAAAAAGCUGAUGAAGAUGCAGGCCUCUUGCUACAAGUGUGACCCCAGUUUUUAUUGAAGUAACAAUGCAUUGCAGUGACAUGCAGCCUUUUAUUGUUUUAUAUUGUAUUUUUGAUACAUUGAAUGUUCUAUUUUUAUUGUUACACUGAACUGCAAAACCUGCUCAAGUGUCCGUGGUGGGAUGCUGGCAGGAGAGCAGAGCUGCUCCAGUGCUGGCUCUGCUCCUCCUUGCACCCAGUGCACCUUGUUUCUGCAUUACACUGCUAGGCAGACAGGCUGUUCAGGAAUUCCUCCAUUCUUGUGUCCCUUCCCUGUUUCUCUUGGCUCCCUGUUCCUGUGUCAUUUUUCUCUCCCUUGUAGAACUAUGUGGGUUCUUACAUUUCUCCCUGACUGGCAGGACUAACACACGUGUUGCUGCGUGCCUGUCCAGUUGGCAAAGUGAACAAGGAAGUCCUUUUUCCUUUCACCUUCUGCUCAGGUCUAAGAGGAAGCUGCUUUCAUUAAUUAAAAUACUUAAAAUCUUGAAAAAGCCCUCCCUCAGAACUAAAAAUGCAAAGCAAAAGGUUCAGUAAUUGCUCAGAAAUUGGAACAAGCUUGGAAUUUCCAGAUCUAAAGUGGGGAAAGAAAAGUUCAGUGUUUAGUUUUGACAGCCCAGCGUGGGUCACAGAGUCAGUUUCUGAACUGUAACACAGUGUGAAGUCACAGGGAGAGAACUUCAUGAAGCCCUCACAUCCAGCACCUUCCUUGGCCUUUUGUCUCACGGGACUUGGUCGCUGUUCAGAAGGGAGGGGGCAAGGGGGGGUUUGAAGUGACCAGGAGUCAUGUUGUGCUCUGCUGCUUCCGUGAGCACCUGGUGUCCCUGUUUCGAGGUGACGCGGUGAAACCGCUGCCCUUCCCACCUUCACCUGUAGUUCAGAUCUGCAGGUGCACCAGGUGACUGUUGGAGGGAGUUGGGACCUCUUGAAAAGCUUUUAAAGAGCUUCUCAUAAUGCUUCAAGAAACAACAUCAUAAAGCAAAAGCAUUUAUCUCCCUUACCUGCAUAAAAUCAAGGCUUGUUCAGAAUGAUGCAAUUUUGUUAUUAUUGCUUGGGUUUGUCUUGAAUCAGUUACAAAAGGUGCACUUUAUACUUGGGAAGUAUCUUUUACUUAUGUUUAAGCAAAAAUUCAUAGUUAAUGUUCAGAGACAGAGUGUUUCCUUUUUUUCAAAAAUGUUAAUCUGAGCCUCUCUGGACUACAAAUAAAUUUAUAAACAAUGAUUUUACUAUUCUUUUAA